AUGACGACAAUCUCGUCCUCCGCGCAGAAAAACUCGAUCUACCGAAUAUCAAAGGGCCUGCUUGCAGCACGCUCGUCGGUUUUUGCGGACAUGCUGUCAUUUCCGGAGGGAGAGGAACAUAUUGAUGGAUGUCCCGUCGUCCAGUUGCAUGACAGUGCGCGGGAUGUGACUUGCUUUCUGAGGGCCAUCUUCGAUUCGAGUUUCUCCCAGCCUCCGCCCAGCAAGACUGACUUAGCAACAAUCACGGGCAUCCGCGUCUAA